GGGCCCAAAGGCUUUGGCUUCGGGCAGGGGGCCGGGGCGCUCAUCCACUCGCAGUGAGGCACCAGGAGCCGGGCUCUGCUCCCCCUGGGCUCCUGCAGCCCAGCCCUGGGCUUCCACACGCAGCAGCGAGCUCCCUCACCUCCUCCAUCCCCGCCUGCUGCUUCGCGGCACCAGCGCCUUCCCCUGCCCCGACCCAGCGCUCCCCGAAGCUGCGGGAGCCCCAUUGCCACCACGGGUCCCCGGCACGGGCACACAGCUCGCUCCCACCCGCAGUGAGGCCCGCAGCGUUCCGCUCCACGUCGCCCGUCCCGCCGGGAUGAGCCGCGCUGCGCCGCGUCACCGAGCAAAGGAAUAAACAUCAAAGCUGACCCAAAGCAUUGCCCGAGGGGUUGUUCCCCAGCGGGGGUGCGCGGUUGAAGCAGGAGCUCAGGAUGGAGCGGGAGGACGGGGAGCGGUGCGGUCGCGGCUCGCAGUUAAAGCGGAGGGGCGCUCCCUGCGGCUCUGCAGCCCGCUCUGCCCCCCCCGUGUGACCAUUUCCAAAGCAGCGUUUCCUUCCUGCCCUAUCCAAACCCAUCGGCGCUGCUCCGCGGUGCUGCUCCGGGCAGCCGUGCCCAGCAGUGCUAACAGCUCAGAGCUUCUCACCUCCUCCCGGGUUGGGUAUUUUUUUGUGCUGGAUUCUGAUCCGCCAGCCUGGCAGCUCCCCAGGUUUAAUUUGUUUUCACUGAAACACUUUGCUUUCCAUGCGUGCUUCUCUCCUUUGACCGGCGUGAGAUACUCGCGGAUCAGCCUCGCCGUCCGCCCUUCCCAGUCUGCAGUGGGACGGCCGCAGUUGUCUGCUUCCCUCUGCUGGCUGCUGCUCCCCGGGCACAGCUCCGGACAGACGGACGGAUGUGUCCGCACAUCUGCACCCGUGCGCAGCCAGCCCUGAUGGCAGCCGGGGGGCUGCAGCGCUGGGGAUCGGGGAUGGGGUACCCAACACCGCCCUCAGGGGGAUGCCCUGGGAUCGUGGGGACAGAGCUGCAGCACCGAGCUGUGUUGGCUCAGCAGAAUGAGACCCUUCUGUGGGUCUGGAGGUGGCAGGCUUUGCGGGAGCUCCGUGACCUCACGGCUGUGGGAAAACGAUCUUCCCGUGGUGGCUGGAGGCGGCGAUGCCGUGAGCAGCAGAGGCAGCCCCAGCUGGAGAGGGAAGAGACCGUGGGGUUGGUGGCCCAGCGGUGUCACUGACAUCCCCACCUGCUGGCACAGAGCUGGGAAGGACAGCCCCAGACCGCUCACUGGGGAUGGUGAACCAUCCCUGAGCAUGUGCUCCUUGUGGGGACCCACCUGCUCCGCUCCUCCCAGAGCCCCACGGGGCCCGGGCUGACCCCCAUCUGUGCCCGACAUCCCAAACUGGGACUGCUGGGACAGCCGGGACCGGUGCCAGCCUGGUGAUGUUGGCCUCAGGGAGCACGAACCAGUUCCUGACUGCACAGCGGGCCCUGCCCUGUUAAUGAGGGAUAAUGAGGUGCCUCUCCCGGCGCUGCAGACUUGCCCCCUGGCCAUGCUGGCUGCCAGCACUGCCCCCGGCAGGCAUCAGCCCCAGACAGUGACCCCGGCGCAGCUCUGUGGGGUUUUGUCCCCCUUUUUUGACUGUUUUGUUUUAUUUGGCUGAGCGAAAGGCUCUGCACACUCAGCACCUCCGGCUUCAUCCAUCCACUCGGGAUGCUGCGGCUGUGGCUCUGUUCAGCAGCCCAUGGCCAGCACUGUGUCCCCAGAUGUCCCCGCGGGCACAGCACAGCAGGGCCAACUUCUGCCAGGGGCUGGCAUGGGAACAGACGGAGCCGUCGUGGUUGGGAACGAGAUGGGCUGGAAAGGCGCCGGUGUUUUGCUGCUGGGGAGGGAGGACACCGGCGGGACCGGGCUGUGCUGCACAGCCCCAUCCCCGCUCAGUGCGGUCACGUGAAGCUGGAGAUGCUGUCUUCACUGUGGGACAGGCUGGGGACACCAAGUCCUUCUCCUUGGGGGGGAUGCAGGGGGACAGGAGCUCUGUGCUGGGUGCUGGGGGACCGGAGCAGCUCCGUUGGGUGCAGGGCUGGUGGGUGCACGGCCACCUCGGGGUGGUGGCAUGGACAUUUCCAUCUGCAGAUGUUCCCCUCCUGAGCUCCGUCCUUGCAGUCCCUGCAUGGUUGGUGCUGCACCCACAGCUUUGUGCCCAGGCAGCAUUGCACCCUGUAGCCCCAUGUUUAAGACCCACAGACCUCUUCUAUGGCUGCUACUGCACUCCACAGACCUCUAUCGUGGCUGCUUCUGAACCCCAUAGUCCCUUGCCCCAGAUGGCCCCUCACCCACAGCCCUCUGUCCUUGUUUGUACUGCUCCCCAGAAUCCCACUGCACCCCACAGCCCCUUCUUGGCUAGAAAUGCCCCCAGUCCCCCCCGCCCCAGCUGGCACUGCACCCCAUAGCUCCAUGUGCACGUGCUGCUGCCCUCCGUAGCCCUGCAACUGUCCGGUGCUGCACCCACAGCCCCUGGCCCACCCAGCCUGCACCCACAGCCCCCUGCAGCCCCCAGUCCCAUAGACUGCAGCUCCGUGCCUUGUCCUCUCCCUGCUGUGCUUUCACCCACGCUGUGCCCCGGGCUGUUUGCAUGGGGCCCCAGGACUGCACCCGCCCGCGGGCACCCCGAAAGCACCGUGCAGGUGGGUGCAGCGGGGCCGUGUCGGGCCUGGCCGGGCUUCGCCUGGGCGUGAAGGGUGCUGCAGAGCAGGAGGGGCCAGGCGAGGCGGGGAAGGAAUGCAAGUGGGAGAGCGGCCGGGCAUGUAGCGACAGAUCCUGGGGAGCGCGGAGCCGGGGAUCCCACACGCUGCAUGGGGCAGGGCGCCGAGCCUCAGCCAUAGGGACGCGGCAUGGGGCGUCCCAUCGCUGCCGCCCCGCUGUGAGAGCCGGCGGGGGCCGACCUGGGGGCGCUGAGCUGCGGGGGUCCCGGCAGCCGCGUGGAGAGGGGUGGAAAUCCCCAGUGGGGGAUGCGCGGCUGCAGGAGCUGAGGAGCCGCCAUGACCCCCGAGAAGGUGCUGCGGGAGGGGCUGCUGGAGAAGCGCAGCGGGGGGCUGCUGCAGCUCUGGAAGAAGAAGCGGUGUUUGCUGACCGAGAAGGGGCUGCAGCUCUUCGAGCCCAAAGGCUCGCGCCGAAAGGAGCUGAGCUUCGCCCGCAUGAAGGCGGUGGAGUGCGUGGAGUGGAAGGAGCGGCACAUCUACUUCACGGUGGUGAUGGACGACAGCCACGAGAUCGACUUCCGCUGCGCCCAGGAGGACCCGGGCUGGAAUGCUGCCAUCACCAUGGGCCUCGUCCGCUUCAAGAACCAGCAGGCCAUCCAGGUGGUGCGGGCACGGCACAGCUGCAGAGCAGUGGUGCAGUAUGACGCAGCUGCAGUGGGACAGCGCGUGGCUGUGCAACGUCCCCGGAGCAGGAUGGAGACGGCGCUCAGCUCAGUGGGCGGAGGGGAAAAUAGGAUCCCUGCCAGCAACUGAGCCCUCGGGGCUCCCCAGGAAGGCCAGUGCAGGCACCGGCCCCAGUGCCAUGGGGCAGGACAGUGAGGCACCAGGGCAUGCGUGGCUGCGGGGCUCCGGCUGCACCCACUUGGACCAGUGGGGCGAAGGGCACAACCAGGGCCUCCACCAGGGGCUCCCGAAAGUGAUGGAUGUGGCCAGGACCACGAUGGACUGACGGAGACCCCCGGGCCUCUCCUGCAGGACAGGGGAUGGGAUGGGUGAGGCCAACCUGAAGGAAGCAGCGCGGUGCUGAGCCAUGGGACAUCGGAUGUGGAUGGGGGCACGAACCCCAUGAGACCCCGCAUGGUGGAAGGGAUGGAGAGGGGACCCCUCGGUCACCACGCCAGGAUGGUGUGGUGAUGCGGCUGUGCCGCUGGAUGCUGCCCUGGGGAUGGCACUGUGACAAUGUGGCCCCCAACUCCUCGUACUGAGCGUACCCCAACAGGUCCUUCUGCUGCUUU